AUGGCGCCCUCUCCAGCGGCCCGUCGUAACCAGCAGCGCUCCAAGUGGCGCUGCAGAUGCUGUGCGGGGCGGGACGGGAAGCCGUUCGUCAACUACCCUGACAAGUUGGCCUGUCAUAACUGCUCGGUCUCUAACAGUGCAGCGUUCUUGUCCACGCCAUCGCCGAAACAGCCUUCGACGAGCCCGUCGAGCCGCACCGAGAGCCAGCAGCCUGGGGCCAUGGCCAUACAGCUACCCGCAGUGGAGAAGCGGGUGGCAGGCCUCACUGCAGAAGUCAAGCAGGCCACUGCACAGCAUUUGGCGAAGGACGCCGAUGCGAUGGAGGUCGAAGUCGUCUCGGACUCCAGGAAGCGCACAGCAGAACUCGACGGCCUCAUCAAGACACUCUCUGCCAUCCGUCCAGCUACGCCCGAGAUCGAACAGCCUCCUGCCACUGGCGACGCUGCCGAGGAUCGGUGGGGACUCUCUAAGAUGGCCCAGGUCUUGGAGCAAAUGGGACUGGCCACUGGCCUUCAGGAGAAGGCGCAGGGCGUGGCGCAGGAGAUCAAG